AUGCCUUCCACCCGCACCACCCGCACCACCAAGCGUGCCGUUUCUGAAGCGUUUGCUUCAGAUGACCAGAACACCGCUUCGGUGAAGCGUCCUCGCCCUUCGGAGGCACCAGAGAUGGAGGUCGAGGUCGAUCACGUCCUCGAACCCGAUUUCUUCCCGUUUGCGGAAGAAAAUGAGAGCCCAAUUGGCCUCGAAUCAUUGGAUGAAGAAGUAUCCCCAUUUUAUACUCGAGUUAUCCCUAAGCCUUUUAUUAAUGCUUUAGAUGAGUGGGCAGGGAAACCUGCCACUGUAUCCAAACUUGCUUCGCGUACCAAGGCCACGCGGAAAGAGCAAUUCCGUGGCAACAUUCUUACCAUUAUUAACGCUUUAGUAAAACUCGCUUGCGAUACCCGCAUACAAUGGUUUUCGAAUUCGAAUCCAGAUGAGUUUAAACUUUUUACUCUUGGGUUUGGUACUCUUUUUGCUCGAGCUGAUCCCAAUUGGCUCGUCGACUCUGUGAUGAGCGGCAUUCCAGACUUCCUCGGUUGCCAAACGAGCAACUAUCCGAGCAGUCGGUAUAUGUCGACUGCCUCGAGUACGGUCCCCAGGAGCAAGAGGACUGGAGAACAUAUGUCGGUUCGGCUUCGGGCCAAUUUGGUUCUUUACAGCGUUGUUCCGUCUCGCAAGGACCCGACAUUCAAUCGGGAUAACUGGUACUUCGCUGACCCGAGUCGACCAUCGAGCAGCAAUGUCAAAUGCAAGAAUUGCGUCAUGUACGAACAGAAGUAUGGCAAGGAGCGGCCUGCGGAGUUUGAGACGAAGAGGCCUAGUCUUACCCCCAAGACCAAGCCGACGCACGAGAAGCCAGAGACCUGUGAGUUUGAUGGCUGCAAUGAGCCAGCCCGUGACUGGACUGGUAAGCAUAUGAAGUGGUACUGCACGAGGCAUAGGGCUCGUGCCAAUGACGGUGAUGACAUGAAUGCAGUGUACAAGACCAUCGCGCGCCCGACCAAGCCGAAACCCGCGAAAUGCACGUCCACGAUCAAGGGCGCCCCCUGCCCACACAAAGCUGAACAUUGGAGCAACAAGCAAGGUGAUUGGCUUUGCAAGCUUCAUGAGGGUCGUUCAACGCGUGGACAUCCGAUGGACGCCGCAGACCGGGGUCCAAAAACCAAGGUCAUGGCACCACCCGGGCCAAAGCCCACUACUUGCCAGUGGGAUGGCUGCACCCGGCCAAUACAAGGCCCCUUCAAUGGUAAGACACGUAAGUAUCUGUGUAAAACCCACGAGGGCCGUGCCCAAAAAGGCUAUGACAUGGAUGCGCCGAUGGGUCCCCCCAGAGUUCUCCCGCCGCGUGGAAAGAAGAAGAAGAGCGAAGAGUAG